AUGCGCCAUGUCUUGGUGCUGACGCCACAGGACGCCUUGCGGUGCCUCCGGGCGGCGCGGCGUGUACGACCCCAGCUCAGGCCGGGCGCAGCAAUGGAAGUGAUCGAGGCAGAGGUGCUCCGUGGCCUGCACGCCUUCAGCGGAUCGGAGCUGUGCGAUGCUCUGCAGAGCUUCGUGCGGCUCAAAGCGCAGGAGCCGGAGCUUCUUCAGAGUCUGGGAGAGGCCUUCAGCAUUCAGCGCAACAGCAUGGCCCCGAAGCAGUUGAGCUCUGCACUGAUGAGCCUCGCCAGGUUGCAACUCCGGGAGGGGCCUCUCUUCAACGAAGUGGUUCCAGAGAUCGUGCGUGACAUCGUUGGCUACAGCCACCGCGAUCUGUCGUUGUGCCUUUGGGCCAUGGCGAAAGCCCAACAGAAGGACCUACGUUUGGCCCACCGUGUGCAGCAGCUGUACUGUGAGGGGCAAAACAGUCGAAGCCUGCAGCCGAUGGACGUGUCCAUGCUGCUAUGGAGUUUCAGCCGCUUGCAGUGGCACGCACAUCCCGAGCUCUUAGGCAGGCUCUUAGGCUGUGCUGUGAAACAUACUCUGUAUGAUUUGUGUAGGCACUUGUUUGAUUGA